AUGACUUCGACUAGUGCAUCGAUCAAUUUUAUAACUAAACAGUUACAAAUUUAUGUUGGCUUAUUCUUCAUUACAACAGGAAUUAUUGGUUCAACGAUUUAUUUUCUUUUAUUUUUUUAUUCACCAAAAUUGAACCGUCGAGCAUAUAGUCAUUACAUUUUAACACUGUCAUUAUUGAGUAUAAUUUAUCUUUUAAAUACAUUAUUAUCACGCGUAGUUAUUAAUGGAUUUGGUAUUGAUCUCACAACACAAUCGAGAUUUUUAUGUAAAUUUCGUGCAUAUUCUAAUCAGUAUCUAUUACUAUGUUUCAUGUAUUUAUUUGUUCUCGCUUCAUUUGAUCGAUAUACAGCAACAAAAAGAGAAGUUGAAGAACGAAAAUGGACGCGAAAGAAAUAUGUACACAGAUUUAUUAUGAUUAAUUUACUUUUUUGGUUAGUCAUAUGUAUACCGCAUUUGAUCGCCUAUAAUAUUGGCAGUAAUGGCCAAUGUGCCUGUUUAUCCAGCGACUAUCAGUUGUAUCUAAAUUAUUUUGCUGCACCUGCACUUGUCUGUCUCUUCCCCAAUAUGCUGGUUGGUGUUUUGGGAGUGUUAACAUAUCGAAAUUUAACACAAUUACAUCAACGUCAACGUAGUUUAGAACGACAAUUAAUACGUUUGAAUUUGAGCCACAUAUGUGCUACUGUUCUGUCAACAACGCCAUAUUGUCUACAGCGUUUAUAUGCAGUUAUAUAUAAUGCACCAAAAUCAACAGUACAAUUAGCUUUGGAUUCAUUAUUUAUAUCAAUCGGACAGUUGAGUUUGGGUUGUUGCUUCGCAUCGAUAUUUUAUACAUCGUUUUUAACAUCGAAAGACAUACGCAUGGAAACAAGUAAAUUAUUUUUAGUUGUUAUUAGAGGAAAAAGACAAAAUCAGAUACAACCAACAAGGACAGUCACCCGUCUGUCGACAAUGGCUAUGAGAAUGAUGGCUUGA